AAGAAAAGCUAACGUGCCGGCAUGGUCAUAAUCGUGUGUAAACAACCAUGUUCUUCCUGCUCUCUGGAGAACUCCAAAGGUUUUCUCGCUCUGUCACACAAAGCGCAAUUGCAGCGAACAGGCUUCCACUGUGAACUCUAACCACGCUUUUCAACAGUCUCUUUGGCGCGUCUCCUUCACUCUCUUCGUUCUCGUUCGAUUCAAAUAAGGAUUCUCUGAGCUCAAUUCCAUUGAGAAAAUGUCGGUUGCAAAGAAGUUGAUUAGAUGUGUUAUCCUUGACUUGGACGGCACGCUUCUCAAUACAGAUGGCAUCGUAGGCAACGUUUUGAAGGUUUUGUUAGGAAAGUACGGAAAGGAAUGGGACGGCAGAGAAGCUCAUAAAAUAAUAGGAACGACACCGUUUGAAGCUGCCGCUGCGGUUGUGCAGGAUUAUGAACUUUCCUGCUCGACGACUGAAUUUCUCUCUGAAAUUUCGCCUCUCUUCUCUGACCAGUGGCACAACAUCAAAGCACUUCCUGGUGCUAAUCGAUUGAUUAAACAUUUGAAGAGUCAUGGCGUUCCGAUGGCCUUGGCGUCAAACUCUCCAAGGGAAAGCGUUGAAGCCAAGAUAUCUUAUCAUGAUGGAUGGAAGAAUUCUUUCUCUGUUAUAAUCGGUGGAGAUGAAGUAAGAACAGGGAAACCGUCCCCCGAAAUAUUCCUUGAAGCUGCUAGGAGGUUAAACAUUGAGCCCUCCAGCUGUCUUGUCAUUGAAGAUUCUGUACCUGGGGUUACUGCAGGUAAAACUGCUGAAAUGGAAGUAGUUGCUGUACCAUCACUUCCAAAACAGUCGCACCUCUACACUGCAGCAGAUGAGGUGAUCAAUUCCCUACUUGAUUUGCAACUCGAAAAGUGGGGUCUGCCUCCCUUUGAAGAUUGGGUGGAGGGAACUUUGCCCUUAGAUCCUUGGUAUAUUGGUGGUCCUGUUGUCAAGGGAUUUGGUCGUGGCUCGAAGGUACUUGGGAUCCCUACAGCAAAUUUAUCGGCAAAGGGAUAUUCAGAUCUCCUUUCAGAACAUCCUGCGGGAGUUUAUUUUGGUUGGGCUGGAUUGCCAGCAAGAGGUGUUUUUAAAAUGGUGAUGAGCAUUGGUUGGAAUCCAUAUUUUAACAACAAAGAAAAGACUAUAGAACCAUGGUUACUUCAUGACUUUAACGAGGAUUUCUAUGGGGAAGAACUGCGGCUUGUUAUAGUUGGUUACAUACGUCCCGAGGCCAAUUUUCCAUCCCUUGAAAGCUUGGUAGCUAAAAUUCAUGAAGAUCGCAGAGUUGCUGAAGGGGCUCUUGAUCUUCCCUUAUAUUCAACUUUUAAGAAUGAUUCGUAUCUGAGAAGCUCUUAGUACUCCCUCUUUUUUAUCUCACAGUCUAAGCAAUCCCAGGUGUUAAUUGUUGUAAGCGCAUAAGCGAGUUAUUCCACUCAUUAAAUUUGCAUUAUACCCUUAUUUCCCUAUGAUUUAUAUUCAUUAGUGACACAAUUCAAUGUGAUUUGGAAUACUUAAACCUAUUUUGGAGAAUUUUAGAUCUUUAAUUGAGUCCCUGACAUUUCUU